CUCAUCACCAUAUGUGGUAGUGAGUGGAAACGCCAACCGGAUGCUUCACACUUAUAUAUCCGGUGAAAUAUCUGGCUCAUUGUUCUAUCUGUGACGUCGUUCUGGGAAAGGAGGUAGUUCGGAGUUACGCUAGCUAGUUGUUGUUGCUAGUUUCGUCGGUAAUCAACAUAUGGAAGUCCCGUUCCAAGACUUCCAUGUCUGAACCCAAGUCCACAGAGUCCCUGGGUUCUGGAUGUGGUGUUCCAGCCCAGAGAAGCUCACAGUGGGGUCCAGAGAUGGUCUCAGUGAAGCUGGAAGACUGCAGUCAAACACUGGAACUCAAUGUGAUUGUCAAAGAGGAGACAGAAGUCCUAGAGGAAGAGAUGGGAGUCAAAAAGGAGGUGGAGGAGAGAGCUGUCAUUGAGGAAGUGCAGGAGAGAGCUGUCAAAGAGGAGGAGGUGGUGGAGGAGAGAGCUGUCAAGGAGGAGGGGGUGGUGGAGGAGAGAGCUGUCAAAGAAGAGGAGGUGGAGGAGAGAGCUGUCAAAGAGGAGGAGGAGGAGGAGGGGGUGGUGGAGGAGAGAGCUGUCAAAGAAGAGGAGGUGGAGGAGAGAGCUGUCAAAGAAGAAGAGGAGGUGGAGGAGAGAGCUGUCAAAGAAGAGGAGGUGGAGGAGAGAGCUGUCAAAGAAGAAGAGGAGGAGGAGGAGAGAGCUGUCAAAGAGGAGGAGGAGAACAGGGACGUGUCUGCUCCAGAUCUAGACGAAGAUGUAGAUAGUAUCACUGACCCAGGAGAGCGCUCCAACACAGGUUCAGACAGUGAGCCCAGUUCCACAGCAUCAGAAAACCAUAAACAACACAGACGGAGGAACUCAAGACAGAAACAUCACCACUGCAUGGACUGCUUCACUAGUUUCUAUGAGCCAAAGGAGUUGAGGAGGCACACUUGUAGGCCCCACCCCUGCUCAGAUUGCAGAGGCAGUUUUAUUUGUCCAACUCACCUCAUACCACACAAAAAGACCCCCAAGAGAAAGAAAACGUACCCGUGUGGUCAAUGUGGGAAGAGAUUUCAGACGCCAAGCAGCUUGAAGACGCACCAGCUUACUCACACAGGAAAGAAGUCGUACCACUGCUCCCAGUGUAGGAAGACUUUCAGUUGUUCGUUCAAUUUGAAGAGGCAUCAGAGAAUACAUACAGGAGAGAAGCCUUUCCACUGCUUCCAAUGUGGGAAGAGCUUCCGUAUGGAAGGACAGCUAAACGAACACAAGAGAAUACACACAGGAGAGAAGCCGUACCACUGCUUUCAGUGUGGGAAGAGCUUUGGUCGGGCAGGGGCUCUAAAGGCACACCAGCUAAUUCACACAGGAGAGAAGCCAUACCACUGCUCUCAGUGUGGGAAGAGCUUCAGUCAGGCAGGACACCUGAAGACACACCACCGAACUCACUCGGGGGAGAAGCCGUACCAGUGCUCUGUUUGUGGGAUGAGUUUUCCUCUUUUACAGACCUUAAACAGACACCAGCUUACUCACACAAGAAAGAUGCCUUAUCACUGCUCCCAGUGUGAGAAGAGCUUCAGUCAAACAGGAAGCCUGAGGGCACACCAGUUAACUCACACAGUAGAGAAGCCUUACCGCUGCCUUCAAUGUGGAAAGAGUUUCAGUCAUUCAUCAAAUGUGACGGCCCACCAGUUAACUCACACAGGAGAGAAGAAUUACCACUGCCCUCAAUGUGGAAAGAGCUUCAGUCUGGCAAGAUACCUGAAAAAACAUUGCCGAACUCACACAGGAGAGAAGCCUUACCACUGCCUUCAAUGUGGAAAGAGUUUCCGUCAGUCAUCACAUCUGAGGGCACACCAGUUAACUCACACAGGAGAGAAGCCCUGUACCACUUCUCUCAGUGUGGGAAGAUCUUCAGGCAGACAGCAUAGAGACACCAGCUAAACGUGGACACGUUUUUAGCCGAUCUACAGGCUCCCGAUCAGAUCCCGGCCCAUUUUUUUCCAAAUCGGAGUAAAUCCGGAGUAAAACCUAGCCCGGCAGCCCCGUAAAGUGUUAAUACGUACCUGAUUCCCGGUUGAUGGCUCUCGCUUUCUCCACUUUACAGGCUGCGGGGGCUGCCCGCGGUAGGUUUCUCCACUCUACAGGCUCUGGGGGCUGCCCGCGGUAGGUUUCUCCACUCUACAGGCUGCGGGGGCUGCCGCGGUAGGUUUCUCCACUCUACAGGCUGCGGGGGCUGCCCGCGGUAGGUUUCUCCACUCUACAGGCUGUGGGGGCUGCCGCGGUAGGUUUCUCCACUCUACAGGCUGCGGGGGCUGACGCGGUAGGUUUCUCCACUCUACAGGCUGCGGGGGCUGCCGCGGUAGGUUUCUCCACUCUACAGGCUGUGGGGGCUGCCCGCGGUAGGUUUCUCCACUCUACAGGCUGCGGGGGCUGCCGCGGUAGGUUUCUCCACUCUACAGGCUGUGGGGGCUGCCCGCGGUAGGUUUCUCCACUCUACAGGCUGUGGGGGCUGAUGCGGUAGGUUUCUCCACUCUACAGGCUGUGGGGGCUGCCGCGGUAGGUUUCUCCACUCUACAGGCUGUGGGGGCUGCCGCGGUAGGUUUCUCCACUCUACAGGCUGUGGGGGCUGCCGCGGUAGGUUUCCCCACUUUACAGGCUGAGGUGGCUGCCGCGGUAGGUUUCUCCACUCUACAGGCUGUGGGGGCUGCCGCGGUAGGUUUCUCCACUCUACAGGCUGUGGGGGCUGCCGCGGUAGGUUUCUCCACUCUACAGGCUGUGGGGGCUGCCGCGGUAGGUUUCUCCACUCUACAGGCUGUGGGGGCUGCCGCGGUAGGUUUCUCCACUCUACAGGCUCUUACGACGUCACAGUAAUUCAACAUGUUGAAUGUAUUGGGCCUCAAAUCAGCCGUCAUCGCUGUGUGAGAAGUGCUCAGAGCACCUACGAGGCAUGUCCCACCGUCAGCCCCAAAAAAGGAAACAAGGCAGGAUGUACUCUGUUCCUAUUCUAACUCGGUAGCUAGCUCAAGCUAUGUUACCCACAUCUCAUGCUUUUCAAGGACUUUGUGACUGUGUUAUCUAGUGGGAAGCCGUUUUGUUGUGUUCUAACUGGUCUCCAGUAGUUGGGCUCUUGCAUGCCGACCAUAACUGUGCUUUGGCUAGGCUAAUAGCUAACGUUAUUUGGCUAAAUAGCUAACGUUAUUUGGCUAAAUAGCUAACGUUAUUUGGCUAAAUAGCUAACGUUAUUUGGCUAAAUAGCUAACGUUAGCUGGCUGACUCGCUUACUGGCUAGGAUAACUGCAUAUAGCUAACAUUUUCUGAUAAUUGGUUAGGUGGAAGGGCUGUGCGGUAUACCGUAUUUUACAAUAUACCGAUAUUGAUGCACGGACCGGUUUGGGUUUUUACUUUACCUUCUAUAUCGGCCGUCAUUGUAAAUAAGAAUUUGUUGUAAACGGACUUGCCUAGUUAAAUAAAGUGUAUAUUUUUUACAUAUA